GGCGCGGCGUGUGGCAGUCAGAACCUGAUUGUAUAUGCUAGAUAUGACCCCGCGCAGCCCGGCCCACCCACAGUAGAGCGCGGCGCCGCUGACCAAGAGACGCAGUGAGUGGAUUUAGUGGAGACGAGAGAGAAGUGUUGCGCGGUUAGUUGUCGCGGUGGUGGAGUACAAACAAGACUCGUGCGCUUGUCCUCGAAAGACACGGAAGCAAUGUCCCAGCGCGGCGCGGGGGUGCGGGUGGCGGUGGUGGGCGCGGGCGUCGUGGGGCUGACCACCGCCACGCUGCUGCAGGAGGCGCUGCCGGGGGCCUCCGUCACCGUCCUGGCCGACAAGUUUGGCCAGGAGACGACCAGCGACGGGGCGGCGGGCAUCUUCCGUCCGGGACUCCAGUUUCGAGGGGAUAAUGAAGCGGAUGCGAGACGGUGGCUGGCGGACUCCUACGGUUACUACAAGAGAAUCCUCGAGUCCGGGAUAGGAGCCGAGGCCGGAGUGAAGAACCUCUCGGGGUACCACUUCUCCAACAAGUACCCCAAGAUCGUCUGGAACGCCUUGCUCAAACCACUUCUGGAAGAGUACCGAGAGUGCACGGAGGACGAGCUGAGGUUCCACGGCUACAAGUACGGCACCUUCAUGACCACAAUGCUGACGGAGUGCCGCAAGUUCCUCCCCUACCUCACCCGCAAGUUCACAGCGCGCGGAGGACGGAUGGAGCGUCGCCACCUGGACAGUCUGGAAGAACUCGCGGACCACUACGACAUCGUGUGCAACUGUUCCGGCUUCGGGGCCAAAGAACUCUGCCAGGACUUGACAGUGACGCCCAUCAGGGGACAGGUGUUCAAGGUAAAGGCGCCGUGGGUCAAGAACUUCUACUACGAGGACUACGACGCGUACAUCCUUCCGGGGUUCGAUGCCGUCACGCUGGGCGGCACUAGGGAGUUCGACUGCUACGACGCCGAGGUGAACAAGUACGACUCGCAGAGGAUAUGGGAGCGGUGCGUGGCUGUGGUGCCCUCGCUGAAGAACGCCGAGGUGCUGCGGGAGUGGGUCGGGUGGCGCCCCUACCGGCCCUUCGUCAGAGUGCAGAAGGAGACCAUCACCUUCCCCAGUGGUAAAACCCUCAAGGUGGUGCAUAACUACGGGCAUGGUGGGUACGGCGUCAUGACCGCCCCUGGUACGUCCAUGCACGCCGUCCAGCUGGUGCAGGAGACGCUCAGAGGUCACCGAGCCAAGCUAUAACUUCGUCUUCUUAUGUAACACUACUACGACAGCUAUUACUACUACUACGACUACUACUACUACUACUACUACUACUUUUUUUUACAACAAAGGAGACCGCUCCAGGGCACAAAAAAAAAGGAAACAAUAAUAAAAAAAAGCCCGCUACUCGCUGCUCCUAAAAAGAAUCCAAGGAGGUGGCCGAAAGAGGGGUCAGUUUCGGGAGGAGAGGUGUCCUACUACUACUACUACUACUACUACUACUACUACUACUACUACCCCCUAGCAACGAUUGGUCCUACAAGUAAUCAACCGUCCCUCUUCCCUCUCUCUUCCCCUCAAGCCUUAUAAUGUUGCGUAAAAAAGGAAAUAUGACUGUGUUAAGUUUUGGUAAUGGAAUAUAUAUAGCGACUGGUUUUAACUAAGUAUAUUCUAUCAUUUUCCUAUACUUGUUGAAUAUACUAGGUCAUGCUUCGGUUUAGUAUGAUCAAAAGGGUCAUUAGUUUUUCUUUGUGUGUAAUGUUAAGUAUGAAUUUAAUAUGAACUGUAUACAACUGCUGUGCCUUCGUUUUAAUAAAGUCUUCCAUUCAUCAA